AUGGUUUCCUCUAAAUUAUGUGGUUUGACUGCAAAGCCUUUUCAGAAUCAGUUGCUUCUUCCAGGGGGACAACCUGAUGCUCUUUCAUCUGAUUGUGUUGAGUUUGAUUUUUCUGAUGUAUUUGGUCCUGUUCCUGUCCAAGCCCCGUUAGAAGUCAGCUCUCAAAAUUCUAAAAAUUUGAUCAUUGGACCAAAAGCUAGUGAAUCACUUUGCCAUGAUCCUGCAGUCAUCAGCAGCCGCUCCCAUUCUUUGGUAGGCCCCUCGAGUUAUGUUAAUAAGUCAUUGAAGCUUAGUAAGCUUACCUUGCAUGAGUCAGAUGAGGAUUCAUUGGAACUCGUGGAAGGAGUUAGUGGAAAGGCAGAGAAAGAACUUAUUAGAUCUUGUGAUUAUACCGAUUUGGAGAAAUCUACUGGUGAUGAUGAUGAGUAUCCUUUGAAAGAACAAUGUGUGGGACUUGAAGACUUUGAAGUCCUGAAGGUUGUUGGCCAGGGUGCUUUUGCAAAGGUGUAUCAAGUGAGGAGGAGUGAUACUUCUGAAAUAUAUGCAAUGAAGGUCAUGAGGAAGGAUAAGAUAGUGGAGAAAAAUCAUGCUGAAUACAUGAUAUCUGAGAGAGACAUACUGACAAAAGUGGAUCAUCCCUUCAUUGUGCAGCUCAGAUACUCGUUCCAAACCAAAUACAGACUGUACCUUGUCCUUGAUUUUGUCAAUGGCGGUCACCUUUUCUUUCAGCUUUAUCGCCAAGGCUUGUUUAGGGAGGAUGUAGCACGUAUAUACACAGCAGAAAUUGUUUCUGCUGUUUCUCAUCUUCAUGCGGAAGGCAUAAUGCAUAGGGAUCUUAAACCUGAAAAUAUUCUUCUUGAUGCAGAUGGACAUGUGAUGUUAACUGAUUUUGGCUUGGCAAAGCAGUUUGACGAAAAUACAAGGUCAAACUCUAUGUGUGGAACUUUGGAAUAUAUGUCUCCUGAAAUUGUUCUUGCAAAAGGUCACGAUAAGGCUGCAGACUGGUGGAGCGUUGGAAUCCUGCUUUAUGAAAUGCUCACUGGAAAGCCACCUUUUACUGGUGGAAACAGACAGAAAAUUCAGCAAAAGAUUAUAAAGGAUAAGGUUAAACUGCCAGCAUAUUUGUCAAGUGAAGCACAUUCAUUCUUAAAAGGGCUGCUGCAAAAAGAAAAAAGCAAACGCCUUGGUAGUGGACCAGGUGGCAGCGAGGAGAUAAAACGCCACAAGUGGUUCAAGUCGAUCAACUGGAAGAAAUUGGAGGCCCGUGAAAUUAGACCAAGUUUUCUCCCUGAAGUGGCAGGUAAGCACUGUGUUGCCAACUUUGAGGAGUGCUGGACUAGCAUGCCAGUGCUAGAUUCUCCAGCAGCUAGUCCAAAAUCCUAUGACAACCCUUUCGAGGGGUUCUCUUAUGUGAGGCCAGCUGCUUCUUUUCUUCAGAGAAAUGCGUGA